AUGUUCUCGAAGCUGUUGAUUCUUUUGCUAGCCUGCAUAGCCCAAGCUAGCGCCCAAGACAGAUUUGAACUUGGAAAGUUCAGUAAUGUUGCUGAGAGCAUUUUGGAAAGAAGAGGAUAUGCUCCAAAACCAACUGUUCCUCCAGAGUACAGAAAGUUCUUCGAACUUGAUGGACAUGCUCGCGAAUUGGUUGACAGUUUGCUAGGUCCUCGCCCAGGUGGAUUGUUCCCAGAAAAGACUUAUGAAAUCGGAUCAUCUUCCUCUUCAUCUGGCUCUGGAUCUGGAACUCAUCAAAUUUCCAACCUCGAGAGAACUCUCGAAUCUUUCUUCACCGCUCCAGAAAACUCUGGUCCCGCUUUCCCAGGUAGCUUCGGUGGUAACGGAGGAGGAUUUUCGUUAAUCAACGACAAUAAGAAUCUUGCUCAGUUCGGAAGCUCUAUUAGACGUGCUCCUCAGAAAGAAGCAUCUACUGAAGUUGACGAUGAGUCUGAAGGAUCUGGAGAAAGCGCUGGAAGCUCAAUUGCUGGUAUUCCAAAAGUUUUCCCAAAAAUCCCUCUCUCUCCAUUCCUCAGCCAAAACAAACCAGAGCCAAAACCAGAAAUCCCAAUCAUGACUAAUGCUGAUGCUGAAAUUCCAGUCAUCGCCACCAACCCAGAGGUACCAGAAGGAGGUGUCUUACCUACCAGUGACAUCCGCAGAGCUCCUCAAAACUUGAUGACAGCCCCAGCCACUCCUGAAGACGAGGAACCUGAAGAGGAUCUUGCUGACCGUGCUAAUAGCUCUGGGGGAUUAAUUGGAACUAUUUUCAAGUUGAUCGGUAUGACUUCUAAGAACAAUACUGCUGCUGCUGUCAACCCUGAUGACAAGAAUGCUUUGGGAAGAGCAGUUUCAAACUUGAUCGGAGGAGAAGACUCACCACUUCCUGCUAAGGGAAUGAUCUCUAAUGUUCUCUACAAUGCUUUAACCGCUCCAGCUCAAAACUCUACCUCUGAGAAGAACAAUGGAACUCUUGUUUUAACCGAUGCUCAAUCUGCUGCCAUCGGAGAGAACCUUGAAAUGGUCAAGAAUCUCAUUAUUCAACCAUCUUCUCCAUUGUGCACAUCCAAGCCCGAGCCAGUUGAUUUUGUUUUGGACUCCAUGAUGGGACAAUGGUACCAAGUAGUAUACAGUCCUCCUCUCUCCAGCGGACCAUGCUCAAUGGUCGGAUACAAGAAGCUCUCAAGCGUCAAUGAUGGAGGAGUUGGAUCAAUCUUUGAGAUCUUCGAAUACACAACCGAUGGAUCUCAAUAUGCUAAACCAAAAAUUUCAUCUGGAUAUGCUAUCAUCAAAUCUCCAGGAGAACUUAUCUUCAGAACCACCAACAAUCAAGAUGAUGUUUUAGUUCAUGUAGUUCAUAUCGGACCAGUCAACAGCGCCAACGAGUAUGAAUACGUUGUAAUGUCAACUAACUGCAACUAUCCAAUCUACGUAUUUGCCAGAGAUCCUAUCACUUACAAGCAGAAAUAUGAGGAUCGUGUCAACAGAUAUUUGGAAUCUGCUAAUCUUGUCAAUGGAAUCUCACGCUUGUUCAACAUUGUUGCCCCGGUAGAAACUUCAAUGUGUUCAUUCCCACCAUCUCUUUUCAACAUGGCUCAUUAA